UCUAUGUUAUGAAAAGGGAUCCACUUUGUCAUUCAGUUCUACGUGAGAGGCACAGAUCAUUGGAAACUUGGACAGCAAGGUAAAAAAUAAAUUCUACCGAAUGUUAUUCAGUUCUAUUUUUUACGUUUCUAUCUCGAGAUGUAUGCUUCUUGUGCGUGAGAAAUUUGAGAGCAGUUCUAAACGACCAAUACCAAGUGCAGCCUUUGACUUUGAACGGUUAAUAAGAAUAGAACAGAGAAGUUAAACCAAUCAGUUCUUAAGCCACAUUACAAGUCAUAGAGGUCCUUUCAUAAAUAACUGCCAAUUUAAAAUUCUGUUGUAUGGAUUAAAAUUAGCCUCACUAAACUCGUCUGAGAGUAAAGAUUCUUUUGAACUAUCGACUCAAAAACAAGUUUGGUCUGGCUAAUUUUAAAACUUCCAAGAGAAUAAAUAAUUGGUAGCCAUUUUGAAAAGGGUCUAUUGGGUCAGGUCAUCAGUUAAGAGCCUUUCAUGCUCUUUUGCUUCCUCCGUGUUCUUUCAUGGAAACACUUGUGACUAACUGUAGAAAGUCUCUUAGUGAACAAUCUCAUGAUUUACUCUCUGACAAUUCCUUAUCAAGUUAUGUUUUAGAGGCAAAUAUGGCUUUAGCAGAACUCCACCUCACAACCAACUGUUAGUACAAUGCACAUCCACCUCGUGAUUAUGGUCCUUUGUCUUGGCCUGAAGAACUGAAGGCUUUGCCAAUCAUUUUUUCUAUUUUAAGAACCUCUAUACAAGAGCAACCAUUUAUACCACUAUAUCAGUAAGGCUUAUUCUUUCAUUUCUUUCACCUUGAGCAGCUGAGGCAGCAAAGGCGAAGGCAAAAUGAUGCUAUUCAUCUUAAGUGUAAAUACCGUAGUUGAUUUUCGUGAUCCUGCAGUUACUGAUGUUAUUAUAUACAAGCUCCUAAAGUAAACGUACAUGCCGACAAGACACCAGUCAUGGCUACUGUUGAAAGAAAGAAAGAAAGUUAAAUGUAAGCUAGAGGUACAUCUGAUAUUAAAUGUAUAAAUUUAACAACGGAGAUCAAAGCGAAAGAUUUGAAAAUACGGAGGAAAAUGUAUUUAACAAGAUACAGAAAAUAUGUUAGAAUGCGAAUUUUCGUCAAGAAGUGACAGUAAGAGUCGAUACCUUGGUUGAAAGAUAAUUUUCCGUCAAAAACACCGGCUAUCAAUAUGAUAGACAAAUAUUACUAAAAUAUCAUAAAAUAUUCUUCUAUACUUCAUUGACAAAACUUUCUUCUGGUAAAUUAAAUGCCUGCAUUGGCGCCAACACUCUUUGUGGUAAGCCAGUGGACUUUAACUCUGUAACAAGACUCACAGUUUGUUCAGACAAAGCCAUACAGAAACGAUUCGCUUUCUCAGUUUCGCGGAAUAAUUGCUUGAGUUAAGAUAUAUAUCUACAAAUUGUCUAGCCGGCCGCUAUCGGUUAAAAUUUAGUUAGUAACUAUUAACACAGUAAAUGGGCCCAGCCAUUUUAGGGUUCCUUCCUGUGUUUAUCUAAGGAUUUCAAAUUAAUGUCGUCGCUGGAUAAUACGACCUUUUGCAAAUCGCUAUCAAGCAGUGAUUUUCAUUAAGAUAGAGUUAAGGCUCAAAGAAAUUAUAAACGUAACUACGAAUGCUUUCCCUUUUUAAGGACCGGUCUCGCCGACUUUAACCUGAUUCCGGUUUUUAUAAAUAUUAGCACAUAUCAGGCUAUUUCCUGUAAUAAUUAUGCAAUCAUUUAAAAUUCUCAUAACCUCGAACUGGCGUAAAUUAUUACCAGACUUAUUUGACAAAAGCUGUACUUGAAACAUUAAGCUGCUGCGGUAAAUCUGGCAAAGAAUGAAACUUUUUUAAACAUUUAAAGUGUUCUCGAUUAUCCACGCAAAAAUGCAUUUAUUUAAUUAGUUGUUCGUGACAGGUGUCGCAUGCCCACUCAAUUCAAACAAGCGCAUUAUUCAUGUACGGAAACGACUUUUAGCGUGGCUACUUUUACACUAAAAGGCACUUAAAAGUCAUGGUAAUAACAUCAGAUAGGGUGAAUUGAAGAAGACAUGACAAGAAGAGCAGGAUUAUAGAGAUGUCAGCUUCUGUAAACAUGACCAACGACUCUGCUGCAGCGACAGAAAAUGGAACAAACGUCCCUCAUGGUCCGAACAGCCCUGCUCCGCAGUUUAUCAGCCCGUUUUCAUCAGAUUAUGUGACCGCCAUGACCGCAGCAUACGCCUUGAUUUUCAUUGUUGCCCUCUUCGGCAAUUCCUUUGGUUUGUUCGUGGCUCUAAAGAAGUCUUCAGCCACCAAUGUCACAAAUCUAUUCAUCGCCAACAUGGCUGUUGCAGAUCUGCUGUUGACUGUUACAGCUAUGCCGUUUUCUGUGGCUUUCUUUUACCGUGAUAUCCGAUGGUUUAGCGGAACACUAGGUACUAUCACGUGCAAAGCCGUGUUCUACAUCAUAACCGUUUCCAUAGCUGCGACUGUUCUAACAAUGUUGGUCAUUUCGAUCGACAGAUUUUACGCCGUUUUCUAUCCCUUGAGAGACAAGUUAUUUCGACAGUCAAGAGUGUUCUCGGCAAUCGUUUGGAUUUUAUCGAUUGCUCUAAUGAUCCCUAAUGUUCUGAUUUUUCAAGUUAAGUUCGAUCCACUUCUCAAUGCGCCUGCGUGUGUACAGGCCUGGCCCUGGGGAGAUCCAAAUGAUAUUACAGAAACGUAUCGAGUACUCAAGAUCUUUCACAUCUGUGUGUUCGUCAUAUUGUACGUGUUUCCUCUUUCCAUUAUGGCUGUUGUUUACUUCUUAAUUUGUCGUAAAUUAUGGCAUCGUAUCAUUCCAGGGCACGUAACACAGAACAAUCGCGUUGCGGCUGAAAUGUCUAAACGCAAAGUCGUGCGACAACUGGUCAUCCUCGUUGUGGUGUUUGCGCUUUGCUGGUUUCCAACAUACGUCAAUCACUACUUCUGGUUUGUGCGCCCUGAACAUUACCACAAAGUACAGGUGGAAGUUUACUUUGUUUUCACCUGGCUAGCCCAUGCAAACAGCGCUAUAAACCCGUGUCUUUAUGUCAUUCUAAGUGGUAGUUUUCGUAGGGAGCUGACCUCAGUGCUUACCUGUUGUCCAGGUUUAAGAUGUUGCAGUUGCCUAUCAAACUGCCAAAACAGGCGUCGACCAACCGUAGUCAGGAUAACGGCUCCGCGGGCGGGUCCAAGCGGACUUUGAAGGAAUUUUCCGAGCAACAGGAUAUUUGAAUAGAGCUGAGGUGAAGUGACACACAAAGCUCUUCGGUAAGAGGAAAAUGUUAUCAUUCAGGAGAGAAAUUCUACACAGAUUUUGAUUAAGAGCAAUGACUCAACACUUACUAUGGGAAGUGGGAGAGAUGAAAAUUCGCCGCGAUUACUUAGAUUUAAAACGGUUCCUGUGAUUUGCAAAUUAGAGCCGCCAAGACAUGGUCUGUCGAAGGCUUUAAUAAAUGAUCCAUGACAUCGACGCUAGCAGCAAGCUUGUAAAUAAACACUGUCAGUUUCAACAUGGUUCUAUAUGAAGGAGACGAACAAUGGUACACAAACUGAUCGCUUGUGAUCAAGGUAUAAUGGCUUCUGAUAAUAAGCAAGCUCUGAGUCCAUCAUGGAUAACUGAAACACAAAUAAACACUUUUUACUAGCGUUUCUAGCAGUGGAAGAGCAUGCUAUAUGUGUGACUGAGGGUUUCUUGCUAUGGGUGAACAACUUAAUUCAGCUGUCAUCCCUCAUGCUUGACAAUUGUUUGUUAUGAAACUAUGUUUCACUCAGUUUAAUGUUACUGAAACUUUGACUCGUUUAACUACGAACGACUUUUUUCUAUGCGCGAUUAUAGUUCACCACUAAAUUUUCUCCAAUUGCUAUUGCUUUAAAUCGAUCACGUGACGCG